CUGGUAGUUUUUAAACCUGCAGUUUAAAAGUUUUCAAGGAAAGCUUGUGAAGUAGGCAGGGACAAUGGAGGAAAAUGAAAGCCAGAAAUCUGAGCUGUGCCUGGCUUAUUCAACAGACAGCAAACAGAUGAAGGACCAGGGAAAAAACAAUUUGCAUGUAACAUCAUUAGACGAUGCAGAAUGUCUUCGAUCUAAAGAACUCCUUGCAACUGGAAACAAUAAUACUUCCAAUCCAAAGCCUACCCGCAACAUCCCUCGCAGACAUACUGUAGGUGGACCUCGCAGUUCCAAAGAAAUACUGGGAAUGCAGACAUCAGAAAUGGACAGAAAGAGAGAGGCUUUUCUGGAGCAUCUGAAACAGAAAUAUCCCCAUCAUGCUACUGCAAUAAUGGGACACCAAGAAAGGCUGAGAGAUCAGACAAGGAGCCCAAAGCUGUCUCAGAGCCCACAGUCCAAUUUGGGAGACCAGGCAGAACAUCUGUCCGAAGCAUCUGCCGAUUCUUUAGAAGCCAUGUCUGAGGGAGAUUCUCCAACUCCUUUUUCCAGAGGCAGCCGUACACGAGCAAGCCUUCCAGUGGUGAGAUCAGCGAACCAAACAAAGGAGAGAUCACUAGGAGUUUUAUAUCUUCAGUAUGGAGAUGAAACAAAACAGUUAAGGAUGCCGAAUGAAAUUACAAGCACAGACACGAUUCGUGCCCUCUUCGUAAGUGCCUUCCCCCAGCAGCUGACAAUGAAAAUGCUGGAGUCUCCCAGUGUUGCCAUUUACAUCAAGGACGAGAGCAGAAACAUAUACUAUGAACUAAAUGAUGUAAGGAACAUUCAGGACAGAUCUUUCCUUAAAGUUUACAACAAAGAUCCUGCUCAUGCAUUUAAUCAUACAUCCAGAACUGUAAAUGGAGAUAUAAGGAUGCAGAGAGAAAUUGCUUACAUAGGCCGAGAUGGCCCAAAUACUCCCCGGCCAGGAUCUGCUACGCAUCCUUCUCAUGCAAUUCCAAGCUCAUCACCCAUGACAGCUGUGCCCCACUCUAUGCCUCCGUCUCCAUCCAGAAUUCCUUAUGGUGGGGCCAGGCCCAUGGGCGUGCCAGGCAAUGCAACAAUUCCCAGAGACAGGCUCUCAAGUGUGCCAGCAUCAAGAUCCAUAUCACCGAGCCCUAGUGCCAUUUUGGAAAGAAGGGACGUGAAACCAGAUGAGGACCUGAGUAACAAAAACAUUGCACUGUUUCGAAAUGAAGGCCUGUAUGCCGACCCCUAUCUGUAUCAUGAGGGGAGGAUGAGUGUUGCUGCUCCCCAUACUGGACACCCUCUUGAUGUUCCUGAUCACAUUAUAGCUUAUCAUCGCAGUACAAUGAGGUCCUCAAACACUUACUGUAGUCCCUCUCUGCAACCUGAAAUGAUGGAGCAAUCUUUGUACAGACAAAAACCUAGAAAAUACCCUGACAGCCAUUUGCCAACUCUUGGUUCUAAAACUCCUCCUGCCUCUCCUCACAGAGUCACUGACAUGAGACUGAUUGAUAUUCAUACUCAGCAUAACACUCACGUGCCCCCUCAUGUCGUCCAGCCGGACAGGUCUUCUCCUAGUCGCCAGUCCUUUAAAAAAGAACCAGGAGCACCUAUGUUUGUGGAAGCAAAAGCACGGAAUGCUGUGGGUUCACCUGGCAUGGUCGAAGUAGUUCAGUCUGCGGCUGACAAACAGGUGUUUGGCUAUGGAUCAACUGCGGUGCCCAAAGACAAAGAGACAAGAGAGAGGAUGCAAGCCAUGGAGAAACAGAUUGCCAGUUUAACUGGUCUUGUUCAGUCUGCGCUUUUUAAAGGGCCAAAUACAAGUAAUAGCAAAGAUGCUUCUAGUGAGAAGAUGGUGAAAACCAUGUCCAGUAAGAGCAAUAUUGACAGUGCAGGAGCUGCUCACAUGUCUGGUGGAAAGAAUUCAUUAGCAACUACUGACUCAACUACCAUCAUCAAUCACCCUGCACCCGUUGGCUCCCCAGCAAUGCAAGUCAGCCUACAUGAUAUGAGAUGCAAUGUGUCAGACCUUCGGCUGCAGCUGCGUCAGAUGAAGCAGCUACAGCUGCAGAACCAGGAGAUGCUGAGGGCAAUGAUGAAGAAAGCUGAGCUGGAAAUCAAUGGCAAAGUGAUUGAAACAGUGAAGAGGCUGGAGGAUCCUGUGCAGCGACAGCGCAUCCUGGUGGAGCAAGAAAGGCAGAAAUACCUCCACGAAGAGGAAAAGAUUGUGAAGAAGUUAUGUGAGCUAGAAGCUUUUGUUGAAGAGCUGAAGAAGGACUCUACUGCCACCAACAAGAUAGUGACGUUGAAAGAUGUUGAAGAUGGGGCUUUUCUUCUGCGGCAAGUAGGAGAAGCUGUUGCCACCCUCAAAGGCGAGUUUCCGACAUUGCAGAAUAAAAUGCGGGCGAUCCUCCGCAUUGAAGUGGAAGCCGUGAGGUUUCUGAAGGAGGAGCCCCAUAAACUAGACAGCUUGCUGAAACGAGUCCGCAGCAUGACAGAUAUCCUUACCACGCUGAGGAGACAUGUUACAGAAGGUCUGCUGAAGGGCGUGGAUCCUUCUCAAGCCAUGCAAUACAGUGCCAUGGAAAAGGCAACAGCAACCGAAGUUCUGAAAAAUCAAGAAGAGCUAAUACGUGUCCCUGGAUACCCACAGCAAAACAUAGCUGGAGUUACAGCAGAGGUGCAAGGGUCUUCAGUCAAGUCAGAAGUUCUACCCUUAAUGACAGUUCAUCAUGUACAGAGCUCUCCUGUAGUCAUACAUCAAUAUCAGCACUCUUCAGCACUGGUCAACCAUACCCAGAAUUCACCUUUGGUCACCAGCCAUUCUGUAGGUUUGUCAGCAACAAGCCAUCACACCCCCAUCAUGCCAGUCACUGUACUGGAGUCCACAGCAGCAACCCAGCAAUCACAGACGUCUCAGUCACCACAGGUCAAUGGUUCCGUAAUGCAAAGCCUUUUUAUUGAAGAAAUUCACAUUGCAAGUACCAGGAACCGAGCUGUGUCAAUUGAGAAAGCAGAAAAGAAAUGGGAAGAGAAAAGACAGAACCUUGAUCACUAUAAUGGAAAGGAGUUUGAAAAACUUUUAGAAGAGGCACAGGCCAAUAUCAUGAAGUCAAUCCCUAACUUAGAGAUGCCUCCGCAGUCCACAGCCUUGCCAAAAUUGGAGGCGGUGGAUAAAUUAGAGGUUUCAGAAGAUGCUCCCAGUGCAGAACAGGAAGCUGACAAGCUGGUGAAGUCACCACCUCCUCCACCUCCACGUCGCAGCUAUCUACCAGGAUCUGGCCUCUCCACAACGAGAUCAGGAGACGUCAUCUAUGCAAUCAAAAAAGAGACCACCAUUGUCAAGGAAGGCAGCGAAGAUGCUUGCCAAACAGCACAGUCCAAAGUACCUAAAGAAGAUCCAGCCUCAUCCCGGGCACCACUGCCUGUCACAGCAUCUGCCACAAAGGACGAGGAGGAAGAGGAAGGAGACAGGAUAAUGGCAGAAUUGCAGGCUUUUCAGAAGUGCUCUUUUAUGGAUGUAAAUUCAAACAGUCAUGCUGACCAGUCCAGAAAUGACACACAUGUUAAAGACACAAGGCCUGGCGCUCUAAUACACCACAAGGACAAGAAGAAUUUGGAAUUUUCCCAUGAAGAGGUACAGAAAUCAGAAGACUAUUAUAGACAUGGCUGUGCAGCAAUGGACAGAGCAGUAUAUGGGGAUACAACAGGAUCUCCAAAAGAUAGUGACCACCCUAAGGAGAAGAGGGAUGGGAAAACUGAAGACGAGAGGAGUUCUGAUGCUUCCAGCAUAUCUGAAAAUAAAAUUGGCUUUUCAAUGAAUGAGAAUUCUGUAUUCACUAAAGAUUUGUUUGUAGGGAAUAAAGACUAUUCCAACAAGAACCCCCAUAAUAUCAGCACAAACUUCUCUAGUGUAAGCUUGCCAGAAAAUGACAGAAGAAAAGGGGGUCAAGAUGUCUUAGGAGUGCAUUAUCCAGCUAUUGAAACUGGAAAACAAAAGCUGAACUAUGGAAUAUUGAGACACACUGAUUAUGACAUGCCUCAGAACCAACCACUAGAGUGUGCAGGCAAAUAUGUCCCAAUCAGCAACGUUUCACCUCUUGUCAGGCAAACAGAGUUGCAAACUCAGGAGGCUUCCAGAUCACCACAGGAGCAAGAAAUGCCUGUAAUUGACUACAGUCAGGUUGUGCUAAGGCCUAAAGUAUCUAAAAAUACCAAUGUAAACUAUAUUGAAGAGAGAGAGUCUCCAGCUAGCUCUCCAGUUGAAGAAAACCCACCAACAGACAACAUUGCUUUUAUGAUUACCAAGACAACUGUCCAGGUUCUGUCGACUGGAGAAGUUCAUGAUAUAGUAAGCAGGAAGGGAGGAGAUGUACAAACAGUUAAUAUAGAUGCCAAAAAGGACAAGACAUGCCAACAAGGUGUAGUAGAGAGUACAGAGAAUGAAGAACCAGUAGUUUGUCUGGACAAAAAACCAGUCAUCAUCAUCUUUGAAGAACCAAUGGAUAUUAGAUCGGCUUAUAAAAGACUUUCAACCAUAUUUGAAGAAUGUGAUGAGGAGUUAGAGAAAAUGAUGACAGAGGAGAAGAUAGAGGAGGAGGAUGAAGAAAAUGAAAUAUCUGAAAUCCCUGUGAUAGAGAAUGAAGUACUGCAGACAAUUAAUAAUGGAAGGGCUGCUACAGAUUAUUUAGCAAAUCAUGGGCUUGAGCAACAAUAUGAAUUUAAACUUCAGUCUAAUUCUGACUCUACAGAAACAAAAACUCCUGAGGAACAAGAAAUAGCAAAGACCGGUUUUAACAAAUUUAGUCAAAUUUAUGGUCUAAAUUCAGAAGUGAAACUGGACUCUCCUGAUCAGUUUGGAAGCAGGCAGGAUGCUAAGAAAAAAUUUAAAUUUAAGUUCCCUAAAAAGCAGCUGGCUGCUCUGACUCAAGCAAUACGUACAGGGACCAAAACUGGGAAGAAGACCUUACAGGUGGUGGUUUAUGAAGAGGAGGAGGAAGAAGAUGGGACUCUAAAGCAACACAAGGAGGCCAAAAGAUUUGAAAUCACAGGGUCUCAGCCUGAGGAUGUUACCAAAGAUAGUUCUGGGAAGGAAGAUCCCAUUCCUGAGACAUCAACACAGAGCUCUAGAACCGAUGAAAUUCGAAAGAAUACGUACAGGACUCUGGACAGCCUUGAGCAGACCAUUAAACAGCUAGAGAACACCAUCAGUGAGAUGAGUCCAAGAUCUGUCCCUGAACCUGCAUGUGGCUCUGUAAGAAGCAGUGCCCCCUAUUCUUCCCAUAUAACACAAGAGGCUGCACCCAGAGAACUUGUAGUAUUGGACGAGAGCCAUGCUGGUGCAGAAUCCCCUUCGUCAAUCCUAUCAGCUUCACGUAAGGGCUCAAGCACCACUUCACAGACCAGCAGGAUGCCAAUACCCAUGGCUACAAAAAGUAGACAAGGAAGCCUGGAUAAAGCAGGCAGACAGCACAAGCUGCAGGAUCCACGCCAAUACAGACAGGCUAAUGGAAGUGCUAAGAAAGCUGGUGGGGACUAUAAGGCUACUUCCCCUACCCUACCUGCUUCUAAGAUCCCUUCUUUUUCUCCCACCUCUGGGAAAAGCAGCUCUGUGCCUGCUUCUAGUGGUGACAGCUCUAACCCUCUCAAUCCACCUACUAAAACGUCCAUUCCUUCCUUUAGCCUUCUGAGUCCUCAAACAGGUCGCACUGCUCACUCUACCUCCCUAAUUCCUUCGGUCUCUAACGGCUCCUUAAAGUUUCAGAACCCCACUUACACAGGUAAAGGUCACCAUCUUUCAUUCUCACUACAGACUCAAAAUGGCCGGCCAUCCCCCCCUUCCUCCUCCUCUUCCCCCCCUUUGUCUACCUCUCCCACUUCACUGACCCAAGGCCUGAAGAGCAUCAGGACAAUCCAUACACCUAGCUUCACCAGCUACAAGUCACAGAAUGGAAACGCCAGCAAACUCACCUCCUCAGCCAAGGAGACCGCAUAAAGUCUAAACGCUAGUGCGCGCAACUUCACCACGGCUUCUGUUUAUUAUCAAUGAAUCCGCAACUAAUAUUUUAGCAAGAGAAUGUAUCAUUUUGUUUUAUUGUUUGAAACUUAAUAUUAAACAUGUGCUAAGUACUGGAUUAAUACCAUAGACUAGAGUGAAGCUGUUUUGUAAAACUUUGUUGCUGUUAAUGAUAAUAGAGCAUUUUCUUUCUAUAUCUAGCACCUGUUACAAAAAGUGCAGAAGGUGUGUGAGUGAACCCGUGUGUGUGUGCACAGAAAUGUAUAGAGCAUGGAAAAAACAAUGUAUGGUUCCAGAAAUUUUAGUAAGUUGUUUUGUAUAAAGCUAUUUUCAUUAUGGGAACUACAAGUGAACAGAGAUAUACUAAAGUGUGAUUAUACACAAAUGUAAAACUGAAACAAAAUGUUUUUCUUUUCUUUUAGUGUUAUUUAGCUUUGUUACAGAUUUCUAUUUUUGUCAACAAAACAUCAUGGUUCCUUUCAAUAUCUUUUUGCCAAAACAUUUUGAUACUAUUAUAAUGUACAUUUGAAAGUGUUAUGCUGGACAGUAAACCUCUACACCAGAAACAGAGUAAGACUGGUAUUAAUGUGUAUGAGGUAACUUAACAUAUUGCACUGCCAUUCAAAUUAUAUUUAAUAAUUUGCCUAUCCAAAAAAAAAUAAAUUUUGUUUUUACAUAGGUAUUUGCUCAUUACUUUUAUUCUUAGCUAAAUCCACCAUUAUUCUUUUGUUUUAUUGAGACCUGGUAACAUGUAUUGCAGUGUGGAUUUUAAGAUGUACACUUCUGUACUGUUAUGUAUACUGGCAACCUUUUGUACAUAUCUAUAAAUAUAUAUAUAUAAAUAAAUACUGUAUGUGGCUGGGCACAUAGAGUAGUUUUACUACACAAAUUAAUUUUUAUGCAUGCUUUAAAGAUUAUAUAUAGGGAGAGGUGAAUAUUGAGCAAAUGGAAAGGAGCAAAAAGUUUGCAUAGCUCGCGUUUUUGUAAAUAAAUUGUUUAACACCAUAAUGUAAUAUACAGAACUAUGCUAAGCAAAGAACUUUAC